UAACCGCUCGGUCGCUGCGCGCGCGCACACUUGCUCUACUCUCUCACUGCCGUGCUAUCGAUUUCCCGCCCUUUCGUUUCGACCGGCGCGCGAGUUUCCCGCGAGUGAGACGGCGCAGUAAUACGUCACAAUGAGUAGCAGUGAAUUUAAGCUAGAGCGCAAUGUCGAGUUAUCGCCGGAGACAAAAGCAAUCGCUGAACAGGAGUUAAGAGAGACACCGGAGAGAGUCCGCGAGGCGCUCGAACGUCUCAGAGAAUUGCUGAAGGAGAACAAGGAUAUCUACUUCGGAGAUGAUGACGAGCUACUAACCAUUUUCCUUCGACCCUGUAAAUGGUAUCCGGAAAGCGCACUGGCACUCAUGCGGCGUAUUGCUGAAUUCAAACGAGACAAUGCGAGCCUACUAAAUGGUCUGGUGCCUGAACACGAGAAAGAAGCCUUCCUUGAACAUAAAGUCGUGAAUGUAAUGAAGGGACGCGACCAAAAAGGAAGGAGGUUGCUGAUUGUUAACGUCGGAGGUUCAUGGAACCCAAAGAAAGUGAAUGCGGACCAGCUGUUCAGAUUGUUCUACCUGAUCCAUUUGGCCGCUAUGCUGGAGCCGGAGUCCCAGGUCAGGGGGACGGUGGUCUUGAUGGACUUCUACAAUAUGGGCUGGUCACAGACAAUGGGUCUGACGCCUUCCUUCUCGAAACGUCUUUUGACCUUCAUCCAGGACGCGAUGCCGCUUAGGCUGAAGGAGGUGCACUUCGUCAAGCAACCAAGGAUCUUUGAUGUCGUGUGGAGAAUGUUCAAGCCCUUCAUCAGGGACAAGCUCAGGAAUAGAAUCUUCUUCCAUGGCUCGGAUAUGUCGUCGCUACACAAGCACUUGUCGCCGAGCCACCUACCUGCAGACUACGAGGGCCAGCUGCCAGCCAUAGACUACUCUGGCGCAGAGUGGUACCCCGUCAUCCAGCACGUCAUGCCACACAUAGACAAUUGGAACACAUACGGUUUCGUCAAGAAACCAUAGACUAUAAA